CUGCAUUUUAGCCCAUAGGUAGACAGAGAGAGAAGUCGAUCGAUCGAAAGAUGAAGAUCAUUUGCCACCUCCCACUACUGCUCCUACUCCCUCUGUUCUUCGCAACUACAGGUUAUGGAGACUCCUCCACUGAAAAUUUGUGUGUAUAUAACCUAUAUAUAAGAACAGGCUCCAUCUUCAAAGCCGGGACGGACUCCAAGAUCAGCGUGACUCUGGGAGAUGCACAGGGUCGGUCCGUACAGAUCCCAAACAUCGAAUCAUGGGGGCUAAUGGGUCCGAACUACGACUACUUCGAGCGCGGCAACCUAGACAUCUUCAGUGGCCGCGGCCCCUGCAUAGCCUCGCCCAUCUGCCGGCUCAACUUGACGUCUGACGGCUCAGGGCCUCACCAUGGCUGGUACUGCGAGUACUUGGAGGUCACUUCCACUGGCCCCCAUAAGGAAUGUUCUCAGACUAUCUUCUACGUGGACCAGUGGCUCGCCGAUGAUGCUCCUCCUUACAAGCUUUCCGCCAUUCUUGAUGGGUGUAGAGAUCUGGAUGGUUUGAAGAAAAGCAAUGGGCGUCUUGUUGUUGGGCUCCCGGAAAGAUCGGUUGUAUGAUGAGAUUUCUUCUCUUGAUUAAGAGUUAUAUGGCGUUGGAUUGAGUAGUGAUGUAAGAAUUUCUCAUUGGCAAUUUUCAAUCUUUUUAAAAUCGGUUAUAAUGUUUUUUAAGUUCAAUGUUUAAAUAAGUACAAAUAUAUUAAAUAGAUUACAGCUGGCUGAAGAUUAGUUAAAACUAUAAUCAUGUAAAAGAAUU